GACCUGUACGCUGUGCUCGGCGUCGACGAGAGCGCCACGGAUUCCGAGAUCAAGAAGGCGUACCGCCGGCUGAGCGUCAAGCACCACCCCGACAAGGGAGGCGACGCCGCCACGUUCAAGGAGCUCACGUCGGCGUACGAGGUGCUCUCGGACGGCGAGCGGCGCGCGCUGUACGACGUCGGCGGG